AAUAUACAAAUUAAAAUGUCCUACUCAAAUCGUUAUGGCUUUGAUUUCCAUUUGCCGGACGGCGGAUGGUGUAAUCCAAAGAACGACAUGUAUUUCCGGCGUAGUGUCGAAUGGGUUCCGGUACGGAGUGCUGGUGUUGGACGUUCGUUUGCCAUUUCCAACGGCGUAAUUUAUCCGCGCGUCAUUGGAAUGCUGCCACGCUACGGCGGACACGUGCCCGGUGAGAUCUUUAAUGUGGGUCACUCCUUUGGACGCUCCACAAUCGAUGCUAAGCGCUGGCUGGCCCUGCAUCGCGAUUAAAUCUAAAUCAUUUACAAUGUUCUUCUCAAAAUUGUUGUACUAAGUUUAAGCACCUAAUAAAUACUGUUAUUGCAUCUAUAAAUCAA